AUGCUCCGAUUCUCUCGACAGUUCCGUUCAGUGGCCCAUCAAAGGUCCCUUCUAGAGUUUUCAGAAAGUCCAGUUAUGUCAAGCUGCAAGAAUCUCAGCUUUUCCCACACGCUCACUGGUCCAUCCCAAAGCAUGACUGAAUGGCUGGUGCUCUGGGAAAAGGAUCCAGUGGAGAUUCUGCUUGAUUUGGGGUUUGGUACAGAAGAACCUGAUGUCCUUACAAAAAUCCCUCCUCGAUUCCUCAGUGGUGUUUCUGUAGCAAAAGGAUUUGACAUCCAAGCCUUUUUGGAAGCUCAGAAGAAGCAGAUGGAUAUUGAGACACCAAACCUUUAUGAACGUUUUCAACAGCUGGAAGUACUUGACCAUGUAGUCAGUGCCAUCUCAUCUUUGCUGACCCAUGUCAAUACCAAACAGACCAAAGCACAGAACACUGGCAGGGGGGACACUAGUCGGAUGGAUGCUGCAAAACUCAGAUCUGCCAUCACACACUUGAAAUGGAAACCAAGUCAGUUCCUGUCAAGGGCUUCUCAGCAACCAAUGCUACUCAGUCCAGACACACAUUUUGCAUGUAUUAAAUUGGACUGUCUGACACAUCAACAAGUUCCUGGUGAUGGAGUACCUAUAACUUUUACUGGGAGAAGUUUUUCAGGUUAUGCCCCAUUUACCAAGGGCAUGCAUGGAGCUUGCAACCACCAUGAAGCGACUGGUAGACAGCAGAUUUUUCCUGUUUACCAUCGCCUUACUUCAAACAAGGCCUUGGAUGAAUGUAUCCUUCAUGAAAUAGAAGUAAUGAAAAACAUCUGCCAUCACGUCCAAGAGAAGCUUAAUGAGAUUGAACAGUGCCUGAUAAUAAUGGCACUGUUUUCUGGUGCUAUGUCAGAGGAAGAAAGGAAGGGAAGCAGAUAUCUGCAGUUCUUACAGCAAGCCAUUGGUCAGGAGGUUGCAGAGCUGGAAUUCCAACAGAACAAUUCGGCAUGUCAAGUCAGAGAGAGUAUCCUAAUCCAGCUGGACCAAUUACUAGCAGAACAAUCCCAUCUGUUUUCUGAGCUCAAAUUCUCUGACUGAAAGGGACAAAGAAAAGCCCAGAAUUAACAAGUGUUUCCAGAUGCUGUUGACACUGUGCAUUCUUGACGUGGGUGCUCAAAAAUGAUUCAUAAAAGAGCUCCUGGCAAAAACAUGACAGCAACAGGAUUUCUCUCUGCCCCACAGCAAGUGACAUCCUCAGUGAAGUUUCCUACCAGGGCACUACUUGAUCCAAAUUCAGCUGAGCCUGCCCCACAGCAGCUGUCCACCAGUAAUAAAGAAGUGAAAGAACAUCCACAAGGAAAAACGAAGUUUAAGAUAUCCAUAUACAAUGUAAGAAGUUUCAGGCUCAGCCCCAAGGUUUUAAGUGGAAGAGAUUGUUGA